AUGAUGGGUCCACCCGCCGUCACGCCUCGUAAGGCACCCACCACUCCUUCGCACAACAGCUUCGCCUUUGGUGUGACACCACACAAAACGCCUCUUCGCACACCAGGAGGCUCCAAGAUCGAGCAGACUUCCUCCACGCCCAUCAUCGACUUCAACAAGAUCGAGGCGCAAAAGGAGAAUGUCCAACCUCUGGCAAAGGGCAGGUCGGCUCACGCCCUCUCAAAUACGCUCAACAUGCAGCACAAGCAGCGUCAGACUCUGCUCGCCCAGCAGCGCGCCGAACAUGAGCAGACCGUCACAUCCCAAGACAAUGCUGACUCGGACGAUCCUCUCGAAGCGUGGACAAGAUACGUAAAGUGGUGCAUCGACAACUAUCCAUCCGGACAAACGCACGAAUCCGGUCUCAUCCCGCUUCUCGAGCGUGCCACGCGUCACUUUAAGGAUUCCGAGCAGUACACCAAUGACCCCAGAUACCUUCGACUCUGGAUCCUCUACGCCAGAAACGUAGAGUGUGCCCGCGACGUGUACAACUUCUUGCUCGCCAACGAGAUCGGAACAAAGCUCGCAAGUCUCUACGAAGAGCUCGCCGUCGUCCUCGAGGGACAGAGGAUGUACGACGAAGCAGAUGCCAUGUACAAGCUCGGAAUUGCGCGGAAAGCCAACCCUCUCGACCGCAUCAAGCGCAGAUACGAAGAGUACAAGACGCGCAUCAUCCUCGGCCAACAAGCUAUCGCCGAGUCAGCCGGCUCCUCAACAUCCACCAUCGUCACAAACUACGCGGAUGCGCUCAAGGCAGCCAUGGCUACAGCAGGUCGAAGCAUGCUCGGAGAAAAAGAGUCCGCUGCAGGCCCAGCCCGUAGUCACGCCGCCAACGUACUGCGAGGUGCCGGAGCAAGCAUCGGCGCCGUUGGCUCAAGCACGCCAACCCCUUCCGUCAACAACGGCCGCAAGCUCAACGUCUUCAGCGACGAAGACGACGGACGUGGCGCUAGAUCCAAACCGCAAGGAGCGAGCACAAAGGGCUGGGACGACAUCGGCACCGUUGCCUCGCGCAACCAGGAGAACGUGCAAGCCGAUCGCUUGGCUGGCAACAAGAACUUCAAGAUUGGAGCAGCUGGUGGUGUCUCUAAGAAGCCGGGGUCAGGCUUGGCUGUCUUCCGAGACUCUGACGAUGAUGACGACGACGGCGAAGCCGACGAGGUACCCGCAACACCCAAGCCUGCAGGUGUGCUAAGCCCGAAAGACCAUUCUGCUAAGCUCGCUUCAGGUCUUGGGCGCAAGGCGCAGUCCACCGAAACAGAUCUGCUUCGUACCAACCCUUUCGCCUAUUGGGGAAAGGACGCCAAGCUUGUCCCCGACCCAGUCAGUCUUCGAGCCGCUGCCGUCGCCGAACCGCCUUCCUCGCGUAAAGUGUCGAGCAACGGCGAGAGGCACCGUACCAAGACCACCGUCUCGCGCUCAACCCAGUCCAGCUCGUCGUCUAGCAAGUCGACAUCCCAUGUCGCUGCCAACGCCGCUGCCACUGCCGGCAAGCGCGAAAAGCACGCCGCCCCUGUCGCUCAUAUGUAUCCUUCCUUUCGAUCCAGCACCCACAAAGCGUUCUACAAACAGCGAGGUUGGCACAGGGAACUGACCCUCGAGGAACUCAUGGCUACAACGCGAGGCUUUGCGCCUGCUAUUGAAGGCUGGGAGGAUGCUGCCGAGUCCAGCAAGGUUCCACAGGAUCCUUGGUCCUACCUCGAUCGACUCGUAGGCCGCUGGCUUCCCGAGGACCCCGCUGCGCCAGAGCCAACCGAGACAGUCCACAUCGAUCAGACCACCGGCAUGUUCCCCUCCAGAGACAUCUUUGACCCAGACAAUUCGGUUGCCAAUGCAGUGGCGCUCAACCUUCGACCUGGCGGCAAAAAGAAGAAGAAACGCGAAGGUGACAACACUACCAAGCAUCGCAUGAGCCCCACUCUCAUGACCAAGGCUGCCGUGCUCGAAGUCGAAAACAUGUUCAACGGCGACAGCGACUCGGACGAAGAGGAGAGCAGCGAGGACGACGACGACGACGAAGAAGACGAGGAUGACGACUUCAUCGCACCUCUUGCCAGCGUCUCGAGACAUGGCCACAUGGGUAUCAACCUCGGCUCGUCUGCCGAUGUGCCGCCGACGCCAACGCCUCUGUCGCGAUCGAACAACCUCGCCAAGGCUGGACCGCAAAAUGACGAGAACGCCGGCGUUCAAGCGACACCUUUGCGAACACCAGGCGGUUUGGCACCGCGACUAGGCCUCGGCGGCGCUACUCCGAUGCGAACUCCGCUUGCAUCCAAGUCGGCCCUCGCAGCACUCGGUUCCAAGCCCGUGUACAUCGAAGAGGACGAUGACGAAGACGCAGACGCAGUUGCAAAUGCAGAGUCUCAGCAUCAGCUCGCUGCCCGCCUCGACGCUGCAUCCUCCUCGCCAGAACGGUUGUCCGAUCAACCGGCUGAGAGCGCUCUCUCUACGGCAGCACCUGUGCCAGCCACACCUAUGCCUUCCAACCGUCAGUCUGCGAGCCGACGCUGGAUUGAGCCUAUGACGGAAGAGGAGGAAGAGGAGGAGGACGACAGGCAAGCGUUCGCUGUCGAUGAGAACGGUGAGCCCAUCGAUGGCCAGAUCGCCGGCUACGAAGGCAACGAGCACCUCUUCCGACCACAGUUCCAGCCGCUGACACCCAUCACCGAGGCGACCUACGAAUUCACCCGCUACACCAAUGCGCGCACUCCAGGCACCGUGACGCGAUCUGCCAUCGGCUCAGCACUCAAAUUCCGACGCCGAGCCAGUCAAGAUGACGAUGACGAUGACGACGAUGAAGAUGACGCUCCCGGUGCAAUUCUGACCGCAGGUCCCAUCGCUGCUGUUGCUGCCCCGAACGAGAGCGCACCCGCCGAUGACUCGCAACCUUCUGACGAACGCAGCUUCGCUUCCACCUCGGGCGAGGAUGCCAACCGCUCCGCAUGGAACGCUGAUAACAGAGCCUCAUUCGAGCUGACCAAAGGCUUGACGAUUCGCUGCGCCGCUCCCGAAGAUGACCAUGACGAGGGAGACGCAGACUUUGUUGAGGAAGGCGAGGCUCAGGAGCAAGCACCUCGACGCGAACUGCACGAACGAUUCGAAGAGUCGCUGAUCAUGCAGGACUCUGAACAAGCUGCCCAGGCUGAGGCAUUCGAGCCACGCAACCCCUGCUCGCCCGUCGACCCCGCCGUCCUCGACGCCAUCCUCUCGCGCCUCGAUACGCCCAUCGAAUCCGUGCCUGGCUUUGUUAGCCUGACCACCUCCGCCAGCGGCAGCCUCGUCUCCGAGCUCCAGAAGAAAUGCAAAUCGAGCCUCGCUUCCAAUCAGAUGACGCGCAAGAGUAUGGGUGGCACAGUGUUCCACGGCACAGGCAGGCUCUCUUCUCCCUUCAAAGUCGACAUUGGCGGCAAAACCUUCGAGAUCCGAGGCAAGCUCGGCGAAGGCGGCUACGGAGCUGUCUUCCUCGGCUACGACAUCAACUCCGUAGCCACAUCCGCUGCCAUCGAAACGAAGAGCAAUGCUGACGAUGACGACGACGACGAUGAUGAUGAUGACGACGAUGAAGACGAAUCCGACCGUCGCAAACAGCUCGCCAUCAAAGUCGAAACGCCCGCCAAUCGAUGGGAGUUCCACAUCCUCUCUCAACUGCGAUCGCGCCUGCCUUCAGCUCUGCUUCCCUCGAUCAUCUCUGCGCGCAAACUCUACUGCUACUCGGACACGUCCUUCCUCCUCCUCGACCUGGGUGAGAAGGGCACUCUCCUCGAUGUCGUCAACCACGCCUUCACCGCUGGAGUUGCUGCCUCCGGCUCCGACUCCUCCAGCAGCAACCCCGGCCUGGAAGAAGUGCUAGCCAUGUUCUUCGUCACCGAACUGCUGCGCAGCAUCCUCGCACUGCAUCGAAUCGGGAUCAUCCACGGCGACCUCAAGAUCGACAACUGCCUGCUUCGUUUGGGCGAUGUUUCGCCCGCUAGCAGCUGGUCCAACAUCUUCGCGCGCGACGGAUCGUCCGGAUGGUCUUGCAAAGGUCUCACUCUGAUCGACUUUGGUCGAGCCAUCGAUCUGACGGCUUUCCCCAAUGCAGAUCAGACCUUCAUUGCUGAUUGGGAGACCGAUUCCAAGGACUGCUACGAGAUGCGUAACGGUCAACCCUUCACCUUUGAAACCGACUGGUUCGGCGUUGCCGCCGUCGCACACUGCUUGCUGUUCGGAAGGUACAUGGAGACGAAACGAGAUGAAGCGACUGGCAAGUGGAAGAUCACGGCGAGCAUGAAGAGGUACUGGCAGUCAGAGCUGUGGAACAGCUUGUUCAUGGUCUGCCUCAACCCGAAAGCCAAUGACGACGAGCAGUUGAACAGCCAGGAGGUGCUGCAAAAGCUCGAAGGCUGCUUGGACGCCAUGCAGUCGUGGCUAGAGGCAAAUUCCAACAAGGGUGGAAAGAACCUCAAGGGGCUGCUUCGAAAGCUCGAGAUCUGGGCGAUGAAGCAGGGCCAUUAG